AUGGCCCCUGCAGCUAUCUCACCCCCAGGCUCCCCAGUCCCUCCUGCCACAUCUUCUUCUUCUUCUUCAGACCUCGCCUCGUACCGCGGAUACCACCAUGUCCACUGGUAUGUAGGCAACGCUAAGCAGGCCGCUUCUUACUAUGUCUCACGUAUGGGUUUCGAGCGAGUCGCAUACCGUGGUCUAGAGACCGGAUCCCGAGCGAUCGCCUCCCACGUGCUGCGAAAUGGCAACGUCACAUUCAUCUUAACCUCGCCUCUGAGAUGUCUUGAGCAGAGCAGUCGCUUCAGUGAAGAGGAAGCAAAGCAGCUGAAAGAAAUACACGAGCACCAGGAGCGUCACGGUGACGCCGUCAAGGAUGUUGCUUUCGAAGUUGACAACGUUGACGCCAUCUACAACGCUGCCGUCUCCGCUGGAGGUGUGUCCAUCGCCGCACCAUACGAUAUUUCCGACGCACACGGUACCGUUCGACUCGCCACCAUCCGCACAUAUGGCGACACAACACACACCCUGAUUCAAAAGUCCACGUACAACGGCAUCUUCCUUCCCGGCUACCGCGCAGAAGCCAAGACUCUCGACUCACUGAACCGCUUCCUGCCGUCUGUUCAGCUCGAAGCCAUCGACCACUGCGUCGGUAACCAAGACUGGGAUGAGAUGGAGAACGCAUGCGAUUACUACGAGAAAGUGCUUGGCUUCCAUCGCUUCUGGAGUGUCGACGACAAGGAUAUCUGCACGGAGUACUCGGCCCUGAAGUCCAUCGUCAUGGCCUCACCAAACGAGGUGGUCAAGAUGCCCAUCAAUGAGCCAGCUAAGGGGAAGAAGCAGUCCCAGAUUGAGGAGUACGUUGACUUCUACGACGGCCCAGGAGUACAACACAUCGCGCUACGAACAGACAACAUCAUCGGUGCGAUUACCAACCUUAAGGCGCGAGGUGUCGAGUUCAUCAAGGUGCCUCAGACAUACUAUGAUAACAUGAAGAUGCGUCUCAAGAAGGCGGGUCUUACACUGAACGAGGACUUCGAGACCCUCAAGAGCUUAGACAUUCUCAUCGAUUUCGAUGAGGGUGGUUAUCUGUUGCAGCUAUUCACCAAGCACUUGAUGGAUAGACCAACAGUUUUCAUCGAGAUCAUCCAGCGCAACAACUUCAGCGGUUUCGGCGCAGGCAACUUCAAGUCAUUAUUCGAGGCAAUCGAAAGGGAACAGGAGCUCCGAGGUAACUUGAUAUAA